AUGCCCGGAGAAGUCAUAAAAGAACCAAAUCCGCAGCCACAGCCGUCGCAUCUGCCGGAUUACCUCGAGAAACUUAGCGUCAAGUUAGACCAUGAAAAUCUAGAUCAGAAGUCUUGCGAUGCGUUGUUCAAGUUUCGCCGAGCGGCCUCAUACAUCGCGGCAGCGAUGAUUUUCUUGCAAGAGAAUACACUUCUAAAGGAAGAUCUUACAUUUGACCAUGUCAAGCCUCGCUUACUGGGCCAUUGGGGAACAUGUCCAGGUCUGAUCCUGGUCUAUUCCCAUCUGAACUAUCUUAUUCGAACAAUGGACUUGGACAUGCUUUAUGUCGUCGGCCCCGGACAUGGCGCGCCGGCAAUGCUAGCCGCUCUUUGGCUAGAAGGCUCGCUGGAGAAAUUCUAUCCUGAAUAUUCGCGAGAUAGCAAGGGCUUGCAUAAUCUCAUUUCUACGUUCAGCACCCCAGCUGGUUUCCCAAGCCACAUCAACGCCGAAACCCCCGGCACCAUUCACGAGGGUGGAGAGCUGGGCUAUGCCCUCUCAGUAGCAUUCGGUGCUGCGAUGGACAACCCAGACCUAAUUGUCCCCUGUAUUGUAGGCGACGGAGAAGCCGAGACUGGCCCCACUGCUACAUCUUGGCAUGCAAUCAAAUACCUUGAUCCCAAGGAAUCAGGCGCUGUUCUGCCAAUCCUACAUGUGAAUGGGUUCAAGAUCAGUGAGCGAACUAUCUUCGGCUGCAUGGAUCACAAGGAGCUUGUGGCCCUCUUCAGUGGAUAUGGGUAUCAAGUUCGCUUCGUGGAAGAUAUCAAUGAUAUAGAUACCGAUCUCCAUUGCUCCAUGGUCUGGGCUGUCAAGGAAAUCAAUAAGAUUCAGAAGGCUGCUCGCUCCGGGAAGCCAAUUUUCAAGCCAAGAUGGCCUAUGCUGAUUCUGCGAACUCCAAAGGGCUGGUCUGGACCAAAGCAGCUCCAUGGUCAAUUCAUUGAGGGCUCGUUCCAUUCACACCAGGUUCCUCUGCCUAAAGCAAAGUCCGACGAUGAAGAAUUGGGUCUGCUUCAGAAAUGGUUGUCUGGCUACAAGCCACAGGAGCUCUUCACAGCAGAUGGCGGUGUCAUCGACGAGAUUCAAUCCGUGAUCCCGACUGUGGAUGCGAAGAAACUAGGCCAACGCAUUGAAUCAUAUAACUCUUACGUUCCUCCAGAUCUGCCAGACUGGAAGACGUUCUGUGGAGACAAAGGGUCCAGCGAGAGUGCGAUGAAAAUAGUGGGAAGCUUCAUCAAUCAAACUUUCAAGCAAAAUCCACACGGUGUACGACUGUUCUCACCCGAUGAGCUGGAAAGUAACAAACUUUCUGCUGUCUUCGAUAGCACCAACCGCAACUUCCAAUGGGAUGAGUUUGCCAACGCGCGAGGUGGUCGUGUGAUCGAAGUUCUGAGUGAACACAUGUGUCAGGGCUUCAUGCAGGGCUAUACUUUGACCGGUCGGGUUGGUAUCUUCCCAUCGUAUGAGAGCUUCCUCGGCAUCAUACAUACGAUGAUGGUGCAAUAUGCCAAAUUUAUCAAGAUGGCACUUGAAACAAAAUGGCACUCCGGCGUAGCCAGCAUCAACUACAUCGAAACCAGCACUUGGACACGCCAGGAACACAACGGCUUCUCCCACCAGAACCCAUCAUUCAUCGGGGCAGUGUUGAAGCUGAAGCCCACCGCAGCUCGUGUGUACCUGCCACCAGACGCAAACACCUUUGUGACGACCGUGCAUCACUGCCUCAAGUCCAAGAACUACAUUAACUUGAUGGUAGGCUCGAAACAGCCAACCCCCGUGUAUCUCACCCCCGAGGAAGCCGAGACCCACUGUCGCGCAGGAGCAGGAAUCUGGAAAUUCUGCAGCACGGACAAUGGAAUCAAACCCGAUGUAGUCCUGGUCGGUAUUGGUGUCGAACUGAUGUUCGAGGUAAUUGCGGCGGCAGCGCUUCUGCGGAAGAUCGCUCCAGAGCUGCGUGUUUGCGUUGUUAACGUGACAGAUCUAAUGAUCCUUGAGAACGAGGGACUGCACCCGCACGCUCUCUCCACGGAGGCAUUUGAUACCCUCUUCACUCCUGAUAAGCCAGUUCACUUCAACUACCACGGAUAUCCAACCGAGUUGCAGGGCUUGCUCUUUGGACGGCCUGGCCUCGAUCGUAUUUCUGUUGCUGGUUAUAUUGAAGAGGGCAGUACUACCACGCCAUUUGACAUGAUGCUCGUCAACCGUGUCUCGCGUUUCCAUGUUGCUCAGAAUGCGCUUCGUAGUGCCGCAAAGUUUAACGAGAAGGUUCGGGUUCGUCAGCAGGAGCUGAAUGCUCAGCUUGAGCAGGAUAUUGUCAGCGUGCGUAGGUUUAUCCUUGCCAACCAUCAAGAUCCCGAGGACAUCUAUGACACCCCAAAGUUUGACUAG